CCCUAAACAAUACUUGGAAAUAUUAAAGAGCCCCGAGAGCGCCCCGGGCAGGUGGUGCAAACACCCCUGCUCUCCCGCGCCCCCUGCCGGAGGGAGGGGAGGAAAAGGAGGAGAAGAAAAAAGAGGAGGAGAAAAGAGGAGGCUGCAAGGAGGGAGAGAGAGAAGAGCAAGAGCCUGGGCGCCGAGGGGGAACUACCCGAGAGUUUGCCCGAUGGUGCUGCCGCUACUGCCGCCGCCGCUGCCGCCUCCUCCACCAAGCGGGAGAGGAGGGGCGAAGAGACAGCUAGGCAGAAGCCUGGGUCCCCUGCUUCUCCUUCUGGCACUGGGACACACCUGGACCUACAGAGAGGAGUUUGAGGACAGCGACAGAGAAGUCUGUUCAGAGAACAAGAUAGCGACCACCAAGUAUCCUUGUCUAAAAUCUACCGGCGAGCUCACCACAUGUUUUAGGAAAAAGUGCUGCAAGGGUUAUAAGUUUGUCCUUGGACAGUGCAUCCCAGAAGAUUACGAUGUGUGUUCUGAAGCUCCUUGUGAACAGCAAUGCACUGAUAACUUUGGCAGAGUUCUAUGUACCUGCUAUCCAGGGUACCGGUAUGACCGGGAAAGACACAGGAACAAAGUGAAGCCUUACUGCUUAGAUAUCGAUGAGUGUGCCACCAGCAACGAGACACUCUGCUCACAGAUCUGCGUCAACACCUUGGGCAGCUACCGUUGUGAGUGUCGGGAGGGGUAUAUCCGAGAAGAAGAUGGGAAGACAUGUACCAAAGGAGACAAAGGACAUGAUGAGAAUGUAGAGAAUGUGCUGAAGGCAGGAACCUGCUGUGCCACUUGUAAGGAGUUCCACCAAAUGAAACAGAUGGUAUUACAGUUGAAACAAAAGAUUGCACUGCUUCCGAACAAUGCUGCUGACCUGGGCAAGCAUGUCACUGUUGACAAGUUGCUGGCUUCAAAUGCUUACCUUCCAGGGCCUCCUGGGCAACCUGGAGGUCAGGGCCCUCCAGGGUCACCUGGACCAAAAGGAAGCCCUGGAUUUCCUGGGGUACCUGGGCCUCCUGGACAGCCUGGCCCCAGGGGCUCAAUGGGACCCAUUGGACCAUCUCCUGACCUCUCUCAUAUUAAGCAAGGCCGGAGGGGCCCUGUGGGUCCACCAGGUGCACCAGGAAGAGAUGGUUCCAAGGGUGAGAGAGGAGCUCCUGGGCCCAAAGGAUCUCCAGGACCCCCUGGUUCUUUUGAUUUCCUCUUGCUGAUGAUGGCUGACAUCCGAAAUGACAUCGCAGAACUUCAGGAGAAGGUGUUUGGGCACCGGACUCAUUCAUCAGCAGAAGAGUUCCCAUUACCUCAGGAAUUUACCAACUACCCAGAUGUCUUAGACUUUGGUUCUGGAGAGGACUAUCCAAAGAGAACUGAGACAAGAGACUCAAGAAUUCACAAAGACUUAUAUCCUUAGCAGGGUCUAGGUAUUUCACAUCAAAAGUAGGAGAUGAAAAGGUUGAUUCUCUCCUGAAUUUGAAUGAUGGAAAGAAAAAAAAUGCACUGGGGAUUUAAAAGAUAGAUUUUUAUUUUAUUUACUCUUCCCCUUGCUUUCUACCUUUGUACCUCUUUGCUUCCAAAUACUCUUUUAACAUCCCUCUUCCUUAUCUGUUGGUAAGUAGACCAGUGACUGACUGAUAUGUUUCCUAGCCUAAGCCAGUUAGGCUAAUGAGACAGUUUUUCCAUUAGUUUCCUUUUGUUUCAGCUAAAGGAUUCAAAGAAACUUCCAGAGUUUUGCCAUCAGAAAUCUGUUCAUUUUGUAAAAACCUGUGAGAAUGUCCCCAAAACACAAGAUAAUUUGCCAGGUGAGAAAAUGCCAAAUCCACUUACAAAAAAAUUGAUUUAUCGGUUAGUUACACACCCAUUAUGUGCUAGAUGUUAGGGAUACAAAGAUAAAAGUGAACUAGAACCUGCCCUCAAGGAGUUUAUAGUCUAAUGGGGGAAGCAACAUGCACAUGUAUAGAUACAUACAAAAUGACACAAGGCUAAUAUUUGGAGCCAUAAUUUCAUCGACAAAGAGACUUCCUUCACUAAUCCAGACAAUAACUUCUAUGUACCUUCUCAUCUUCUGUGAUUCCUAAUACAGAAAAGUAUGUAACUGAAGGAUGUAA